CGUUCAAUUUCCAAUGAAAGUCAAUUGGUACUGGAUGCUGUCAACUUGGCGAGCACUGGCAAAUAUAGCUGCGAGGUUUCGGCAGAUGCACCGUCCUUUCACACAUUAAUUGCAGCCGGUGAACUUGAUGUUGUAGAAGUACCACACAACGCUCCAUUUAUAAUUGGCCUACGUCCACGUUAUCGCAUCGGUGACAUAUUGCGUGGUAAUUGUACAUCACGACAUUCGAAACCAGCAGCAAAUAUCACAUGGACAGUGAAUAAUGACGAGGUUAAUCCUGUUCAUGUCCGCUAUCAUAAGGUACUACGAGACUUACGAAUUGACUAUGAAACUUCUGUAUCUGGUAUUCAUUUUAUUGUUACACCACAUCAUUUUUUAAAUGGUAAAAUGAGGGUGAUAUGCAGUGCUCAAAUUUAUGACGUUUAUUUCAAAUCAACUGAAAGAAUCAUAAUUGAUUUGGACUACCAACAGAAAUACGCAUCGGUUGGGUCAAAUGUGUUAAUGCCAGACGAUAACUAUGAUCAAUUGCAUGUUGUGCAGGAUGGAGAAUUUCUGCGCAAGAAGGAUAACAAUUACUUAACUCAACUCCAAGAAUUCUUUUUUAAUGUUGUGCCCACGGGUGAGAACACGGACAAUUCAGUUUGGUUCACAAGCAGUAGUGGCGCCUAUUGUUAUACUAGCAUUAACACCGUUCCAGUGCUACUGAUGACAACUAUCUUAUUGUGUUACUGCAACCUAUCGUGCUUAGACGAGUUUGUAGCCUGCAUGGUGCAGUGCACAACAAUUGGCAACCGUUCUAAACAGUAUCAAAGUAGUGCUCCCAGCCAGUUGUGUGCCACUUUGACAUCACAACACCGAAGGCGAAAAUGGCCAAGUGUACAACAGGCUCAGCAAUGACACAUUAAAUAUCACGUAUUAUAGUGGCAGCAACAGCAACGGCAACUAUACCAUUUUGUGUUGGAAACAUGAUUUGCUUCGCGUUUAACUUGACAACCCUUGGACUGAGCUCGGUACUCUCUGUUCGUGUAAAUUGGUAGUGAUGUUCAGAAUUAAACAAUAUAUAUAGAUAAAUAUAUACA